CGACACUUUCUCCCAGUUGUCAGAAUCGGCUGGGAGUGAACUCUCUUGUGCUGUGUACUACCUUUGUCAGGUUCAACAGCUGGGUGGAACUCCGACAAAAAGUUGCUUCAAUGACAUUUUCAAUAGGGAUGGAAGUUUGACUCUGAGACAAGCUAGCAGUUGUGUACGUGUUUAUUCUAACCACGGUGCCAUGGAUUUUAAUGUUAAACGGUUAGCUGCAGACGCCGGUACUUUCCUGAGCCGCGCGGUACAAUUCACAGAAGAAAAACUCGGCCAGGCUGAAAAGACUGAGUUGGAUGCCCAUUUGGAGAAUCUUUUGAUCAGAGCUGAGAACACCAAGCAAUGGACAGAAAGGAUUAUGAAGCAGACAGAAGUCUUACUACAGCCCAACCCAAAUGUCCGGCUAGAGGAAUUUGUGUACGAGAAACUGGAGAAAAAAGCCCCUACACGAAUGAACAACCAUGAGCUGUUGGGCCAGUCCAUGAUUGAGUCAGGGAGUGAAUUUGGUCCUGGCACUGCCUAUGGAAAUGCUCUGAUAAAAUGCGGGGAGACGGAGAAGCAGAUUGGUGGGGCCGAGCGGGAGUUAAUCCAUAGUUCGGCCAUCAACUUCCUGACACCUUUCAGGAACUUUCUGGAGGGCGACUUCAAAACCAUCCUGAAAGAAAGGAAGCUGCUGCAGGUCAAACGUUUGGAUUUGGAUGCGGCCAAAACCAGACUAAAGAAAGCCCGGAUGACGGAUGCUAGAGCUGCAGCCGAGCAGGAGUUGAGGAUGUCCCAGAGUGAGUUUGACCGGCAGGCGGAGAUCACCCGGCUGCUGCUAGAAGGCGUCAGCAGCACACACGCACACCACCUCCGCUGCUUGAAUGACUUUGUGGAGGCGCAGACUACGUACUACGCUCAGUGUUACCAGUACAUGGUGGAUCUCCAGAAGCAGCUGGGCAGUUUCCCCUCGUCCUUCUCCAACAACAACCAAUCGUCGGUGUCGGGAGGGGCCAGCAUCUCGGUGCCCACCAUCCCGGUGUCGGCCUCCCUGCCCAGCGUGUCCGCCGGUCACGGCAUCUCCACAGCCUCGGGCGGAUUCAACGAACUGAGGAGCUCCAACGGCAGCCGCAAAGCCCGGGUGCUCUACGACUACGACGCCGCCAGCAGCAGCGAGCUUUCCCUGCUGGCUGAUGAGGUGAUCACAGUCAGCAGCGUCCCAGGCAUGGACUCAGACUGGCUGAUGGGCGAGCGCGGCAACCAGAAGGGCAAAGUGCCCAUCACUUACCUGGAGCUGCUUAACUGAUACCCCCCAACCCCCAACUCCCAAACCCCCAACCCCCCCCCCCCCCUUUCAAGCCCUCUGUAACCAGCUGUGAUCUCAUAUUUAUAUAUUGUGUUGCAGGGCCCCUUUCUCUUCCAUUCAGCCAUUUUUUAAUGAGUAAUAUUUCUAUGAAAAGGAGUCUCGAUUUUAGCAGACUCAACUGGAAUGAAUAUUUUGAGUGAGGUGAAACGGAGCCCGAUCCCUGAUGUGUGUUUUUACCCGACUGCAGUACAUUUCUAAAACCUGCUUCCACGCCUCCUUUGUGUUUGAUGCCAUUCAAUAUGUGCCGGAACAUCUCCCAAAUUGUAACUUUUAAAAAAGAAAAAAAAAAGCUUUGUUUACAGAUGUGUCUCAGAGGGUGAUUUCAGAGGGUUCGUUUUUACAAAAAUGUGCUUCACUUUGAAGUAGAGAUUGAUCCUGAUUAUAAAGUCUUAUUUUAUAAUGUUAAUCUUAUGGUGCACAAGCUGUUCCAAAAUAUGAAACGUUUCUUUAACAUUAUCGUAGCUUUUGUGCGUCAGCUUUAUUCAGUUUCACUCGUUCGAUUGAUGACCGAGGUAUAAAAUAAGACAAGUUGUAGCCUGCUGAUAACCAAGCAGUUACAAAACUAACCCAGACAUUGUUUAGUGCCUAUCACCGGGAAUCGGCCUUUCUAAAAACCAAUUGCCCUUUUGUAUCACAUGCAGUAUUGAGACUGUAAAUUCAGUCUCCUCUUUUAUUAUUGAAGCCCAAUAUUUUAAGUUAUUGACGAUUGAACACAAGCAUUUCCACAUUUAUAUUCGAUGUAUUAACCAGAAGACGUUUUCUGUCUCUGAGUAAAUUAUUAAUUUGUGUAUUCUCCAUUUAUCCACUCUGUGGCGUGUUUAUCAUCUCUGGUGUUGGUUGACUUGAUGCAAAAUAUAUAUACUUCUGUAUUUCUUUUACAAUAUUAAAGCCCUUCUAAAGCUACAUUUCAACUGCACAUUCAGAAAAGGCCGUGUUACGUUCUGGGAGAUCAAAUGAUACUACCACAUGGCUGCUUUUUGUUCUGUGUGUUACGGAUAAGAUAGCAUACAUUUGUAAAAUAAAUAUAUACAAUAUGAAGCAUUAAAUAAGAAAAUAUAA